AUGGCGCUCGUGGAGCCGCUGGUUGGGCAUCUCUUGUCCAAGUACAAAGAAACGGUGUUGGAGGGGCUCUCGAAGAUUCGUCACACCCUACAGGUCGGCGAUGAGCAGGCGAAUGAGCUCGCUGUAGCCGUGUCUCAGCGAGAGGAGGCGCUGCAAGCGCUGCGAGCAACCCUCCUCCGCCACGAGUACUUCGUGCCGACGCUGCAGACGCUGACGGUUGUGCUGACGCAGUUGGUCGAGCGGGGCAACCGCGUCGCCCUCGCGCGCGAGGUGCUGCGCGGCGAUUGCGCCGCACUAUUCCGCAAAACACUCGCCACGCUUUCCGAUGCCACCCUCACCCACGUAACCGCCGCACUACAGUUUCUGACGGUGGCCGCGAAGGACGCACCGCUGCUCGUGCUUGCGCGACUGCGUAGCCCUGCCGAGGCGCACGCUACACCUGCAGCCGCCUCCGCUGCCUCGAGCCCGCUCGCAGCGGUUGCCACACACCGGCGCGCCGACGUCCCGUUGCACCUCGCCGCCUUUCGCCUACAGCUGACGUACAGCCAACGUCGCAUUCGCCUCACGCGGCUCGGCUUCCUGGUGCAGCUUGUCACGUCACCGAUGCACAACGCUGUCGUCGACACCAUCUGCAGCCACGGUGUCCUGACGCACCUCCUCGAGGAUGCAGCCGAACUCUUGCGCGAGGGCACAAGUGCGGGUGUGGCGUGUGCACUCAGCGCCCUGCGAAUUGUUCGCGAGCUCUUCGUGCAAAGCCGCCACAUUACGGCGGAGCAGAAGCGCCGCGUCUUACUGGCGCAGCGCAACGUCUUUCGGUUGCUUGUGCGUGCGCUGGAGUUCGACCCUGUGGCCGACAACGCCGCAGCCAUUCUGUAUGCCAUCGUCGACGAGACCAUUGAGUCACCAGCCGACUACGCCAGCACGCGAGUCGAGUCCCUCGAGGAUCAGGGGAUGCCCAACUACCUCCUCUUCUUCCUGCUGCGCCAGCUGCGGCCCAAGGCGAGCGAGCGCAUGUCGCAGCUCGUGCUGCACAUCCUCCAGCGCGCCCCAGACCUCAUUCGGCCUUAUUUCAUCCGGAUCUCCGGCCACCUCGCGGAGGAAGGCAGCUCGCACGGCGUAGCGCCGGCGACGGCGCGGGUGGCGGUUCUCAACCUAAUAACGCGCACGUUUCUGUGCCCGAUGCCGUACCACCUCGCCGCACAGCAGGUGCGGCUAGAGCCGGUCGUGGCCAAGACGUCCACCUUCUACACCAUGUGCCCUCGUGACGUCGCGGACGAGAUCUGCCCCGCCUGGGUCGCUGAGUACGUGCAUCGCCUUAUCAAUGGCUCCACGAAUCUGCUCACGCUCGCGCUCGCAAUGCAACUGACGCAGGCGGCGCUGAUGCGAGCGAAGCGCGUGCUGACCCUCGUGCUCGCCGUCCAGAACGCCGCAAAGAGAAGCAAGAGGACGAGCCCUGCCGGAGACGCAGCUGCUGGCGGUAGCGCCGCAGGGACGGUCGUCUCGCUGCCCAGCCCGCGCGACUUCACCGAGGCGGAUCUCGACAUUCUGCAGGGCAACGACACCGCCGAAGCGGAGGUGUGGGACAUGUACAACGCCCAGGUACGCUACCACCUGCAGGCGGCGCUGCCAAGUCGUGAAGAGUUUUGGCACCGCAUGACACAGCAACUCCACCGUACCCUAGCCGCCUCUGCCGCCGCCCCCACGUCGUCAACUACAUCGCCUCCAUCCGCUGCCACCGACGCGGUCCUCGAGAAGACGCAUGUCGUAGUGCAGCGCAUGCUGCUGCUCAUGAAGAACUACGUUGACGUCUUUGACGUGCGGGUGCCGUGGCUGAGCGCUGUGCCGAUUUUUCUUCCUGACCUUACCCGUAGUGUCGUCGGCAGCAGCAGUGUUGCCCGUCGUCCCAUGACUGCCAAAGGAUUCAACGGACACACUACGGCGGCCGCUGCGUCUGUGCACCCCAUCACGGCUGCCCUGCAGAAGCAGAACGACAUACUCAAGCCGUGGCCAGCAGCGAGUGUGGCGCUCCUGUGUGAGCUUCUCGCCGUCAGCCAGCAGCGCAGGGUGCCCAUGAUGAAGAUGCACCACAUCAAUAUGUCUCAGGCGGUCGGCAUUGGCGAGUGGCCGCUGCUGCUCAGCAUACUCCUCUGGGUGACACACCAUCGGCCGCACAGCCCACCGCGGCAGGAGAGCAUGGAGGCGGUGCAGGAGGCGCGGGCGAUGGGAUGGGCAGCCCAGCUGCUGCUGUGGACCGUGCACAGCGUCACCAUUCACUCCACCUGUACGAUGGCCGAAACCCAUCUGUGGCUCUCCUGCCUGACACCCAACACAGUGCCAGUCUUCCUGCACGUUCUCAACCAUCUCUUGAUGCGCAGUCUGUCGAAGGCGGCCGAUCGUGUGACGCACGAGUUGCGAGACGCGCAACACGGCGUUUUGGCGGCCGCCGCCGUGCACUUCAUUGAUCGCACGAAGGAGAAGCAACAGCAGAAGAGCAACGCCGGUGGCGGCGAGGACGAGGGCGACGGCGAGCAGCAUCCUCACCAGCAGCUGCAGAGAGCGCAGAAAAUGCCGAGGGCGGAGGGCGCGAAUAGCAACGGCGGCGGCAGCAGCAGCACCAGCAGUGCUAACCUGUGGGGUACCCAUCUGCAGGCCUCCCUCGUCGAAUUCGAGAGCGUCGUGGCUCGCGUCGUGCAUCUGUGGGGAAGGCGCGCGCGCCUCUUGGCGCAGACCGCAGUGGCCACAACGCUGGAGCUGGAUGUGCCGCAGGUGACGCAGCAACAGUGCAUCGAAGUGCUGAUACUUGCUGACCGGCAGCGGGGUUUCGCAAAGGCGCCGCUCCGCUACAGGUCUACGUCGCAGUCAGCGCACCUUCGCACAUUUGCGGUUACCCUGCACAGCCCUGUUCUGCCGCUUCCGGAAGAAGAGGCAGCGAUUGCCUUGCUGAGUCGGCUGAGUAUAGCUGUCUCCUCGGCAUCGCCGUUGGAUGGAGAAGAGCAAGGCAAAGCCGCGAAACGCGCACCAAUGAGCUCCAGCCUUGUCGAGGAUGUCUGCAUGGCACUCGGCAUCGAGGACUCUCUCGCUGCCAAGGGCAAGACUGCAAAGGCCCCGACGCCGCCGUGGUUUUCCAUGAGCUCGGUCUGCUGGCAGGUGGCAGGAGUGCUCUUGUCUCUCACCCACAGCACUGCCUCUGCACCGUCGUCCCGUAACAGUUGCACGACAGAGGCUGCGCACGAACUCGCCUUGAGACUUGCACGAGCGCUCCUGUCCGACGAGGCGGCUCUGACGGUUCACUUGAGAGCCAACGCGGAUCGCGAAGGGGCGCUCACUGGCCUCCUAGUCUUGAUGCUUGCCUGUACUCGUAUGCUGUUGCAGCUUAUCUCUCUAUCCAGCGCGGAGCAGCAGCAUUCCUGCCUCUCCGUUGACCAGUGUGCGGCGCUGGGCCGCGUGUGCCUUGACGUGUACAGCGGCACUCUCGGCGUGCAAGACCGGCUUCUCUACGCCGUUUGCCUCACCCUCCACUACCUGAGCGCUGCCCGCCACGUCGCCCACCCUGCUGCUGCUACCGCUUCCACCAUGGAGGAGCGCGGCGACGAGGCUGCAGCGGCGCAACAAAGGAAAAGGCAGCGCGCAGCAGCUGCCAAGUAUCUCUCGCCUAACUGCCACGAAGGUGCCGCGGUGCCGGACGCGCUCGUGCAGCGCCGCUUCCUGCUCUGCGGCCACACAGCGAGCGCCGCACGCACGCCGGAGGUGGAGAUGCUCUCUUGGCACCUCGACACGCUGACAGAAGAGGACAUGACUUCCAUGGCCCUGCACGCCUCCUCGCGCCUGCACAACGCCAUUCACUUGGAAGACGGCAGGAGUGCCGAUGGCGCGACCGACCUGCUCGGUGCCGUGUUUCCUGAGCUGCGCUCCGCCGGCGACGCACACGUAGUCGACCUCGAGCGGCUGUCGCUGGGCAAUGUGUUGGACAUGCGAUACAUGGUGCCUCUCCUGCACCGGGUAGCCGCCCUGCCAGCGGCUUUUUCGGCUCACCUGCCAACGGGACGAGUGAUACCGUUGCUGCUCAAGGCGCUCACGUCGAUCGACUCGCAGCUGCGCUCCGCCGCUGCCGCAGCGCUGAGCACGCUGUAUAUACCGAAGGGAGCCCUGCGAGUCGUGGUGAGCGUCGCCCGUAUAAAACUGGCCCAGACGCAGAUAUCCCCCUUCACCGGCAGCGCAGGGAGACAGGCGCAGCAACCUAUGCAGCCACGCGGCGCCUCGUCAGCUGUUGCGGUGCCGCGUCUUCCCACGCCGCUGGCUAUCAUGCUAAUCAUGUCGAUUAAACCGCUGGGUCGCUACGACGACGUCCUGCACCACCACCUCGUGCACUUCUUGAUGCACCUCGAAUCGGUCCUCGACACCCCGAUGCCCUUCGCCCACUGGGCCACCACCCCUCCGCUGGCCGCUAUCAGCGUCCCGCUCAUGCUGGAGCGCCAAGAGGCCUUGCAGCUGCAUACCAACAAGCUCGGUGGUAGCGGCAAGAGCAGCGGAGGCGUCACGCAGGCAUCUGCAGCCGAUGUGGCACAGGAGCUGCGCAAGGAAAUUCCGCCGCAGCUUGCCUUUCUCCUGCAGCUGCUCCGGCACGCCUGUGAGGUGCCGCAGGACGGUGCCGCGUUGAUCGAGUCGAAUGGGUUGGAUGGGCUGCUGCUGCUAUGCGAUAUGCUGACAGCCUCCGAUGGGCAGCGGGCGUCGUAUGUGCAGUGCCUCCUCGUCCUCUGCACGCAGUCCGCUGCCCUGACGCACUUGUUUGCGCGUACCGGGCAUGUGCUGGCUUGGACAGUGUCCUUCCUGUGGCAGCUGUGCCGCGAAUACGGCAAGGCGACCCCGUAUCCGUACAGUGGCCAGGCCUUCACGACCGCACUGGAGCUGCUGCGCGUGAUGUGUGCCGCCACCGUGCAGUCGAAGAUGUCGCUCGCAGAAGCACCCGCCCUCAGUGACGCGGCAGCAGACCAGCUGAAGGAGAGCAUGCGACAGCUGCGCGCGUGGGUGGUCGAUGCGCACGUGACGGCUCGCGACGUCCUUGACGUCUUUGAUGACAUGAUUGGCCGCUGCAGCCACGUCACCCAGGGCCAGCGCAGCGGCGCCGCCGAGGCAGACGAUACACACAGCACUGAAGGGGUUGUCAAGGCUAAAGAAGCACGCGCGGUAUCAUCGGCGUCGGCCUCACUGCCGUCAUCGUCGCUGUCCUUGGCAAAGAGCUAUCGUGAAACUGCAUCGCGGUGCGAAGAGCACAAGCCUCAGAAGCGGAUGCGCACCGAGGGUACCGCCGAAGGCCGGGGCGUAUGA